CCAUAAUUGAGGCUUUAAGUGACGUACCUGCAGUCACAGAGAGCAGGCGCAACGGGAGGCAAAACAUUCUCUGACAAAAACAUGGCGAGGUUAAGUGAGCAUGGGAUUCGCUUGAGUUCUAUGAGUCCUUCCUUCUUGAACAGCAACUCCACGAGUCACACCUGGCCGUUCAGCGCGGUGGCGGAGUUGAUAGACAACGCAUCCGACCCUGGCGUGUCUGCGAAACAGAUCUGGAUAGACGUCGUAGAAGAAGGUGAUCAGCUCUGUCUGACUUUUACUGAUAAUGGCAGUGGCAUGACGCCAAACAAACUGCACAAGAUGCUGAGUUUUGGCUUCACAGAAAAGGGCUCAGGGAGGUCGAGUCACCCGGCCAUCGGCGUGUAUGGCAACGGCUUCAAGUCUGGCUCCAUGCGCCUCGGCCGCGAUGCACUCAUCUUCACCAAGAAUGGCGGCUGUCAGAGUGUGGGAAUGCUGUCUCAGAGCUACCUGCAGGUCAUCAAAGCCCAGGCUGUCAUUGUCCCCAUAGUGCCCUUCAACCAACAAACCAAGUCAAUGGUUGUGACUGAAGACUCAGAGGCCAGCCUGGCAGCCAUCCUCAAACACUCCAUCAUCAACUCUAAAGAGCAGAUACAUACCCACUUUGACUCCAUUCCCUGCAAAAAAGGCACCAAGAUAUUAAUCUGGAAUAUCCGCAGAGCCAGAGAUGGUAACACAGAGAUCGACUUUGAGACUGAUCCGAGUGACUUUCGUUUGCCCGAGAUUCAGACUGAGGAGCUGAAGAAGGGUCUGAGGAACAGUGGGUCCUUGAGACCUGAGCAGAACAUCCCGGAUAUGUAUUACAGCCUCAGGGCCUACGUCAACAUCUUGUACCUAAAGCCAAGGACACAGGUCAUAUUGAGGGGGAAGAAGAUUCUGGCAAAGUUGGUGUCAAAGACGCUGGCUCACAUUGAACAUGAUGUGUACAAACCUCAGUUUAGUAAGGAGAAGUUCAAAGUGACUUUUGGUCUAAACCCUAAAAAGAAGGACAACUAUGGCAUCAUGAUGUACCACAACAAUCGACUUAUUAAGGCAUAUGAGAAAGUGGGCUGCCAGUUGAAGGUCUCGGGUCAGAGGGCAGGGAUUGGGGUAAUUGGCGUCAUCGAGUGCAACUUUCUCAAACCUGCUCAUAACAAGCAAGAUUUUGAGUACACUAAAGAAUACAGACUCACUCUUGGUGCUUUGGGCUUAAAACUCAAUGACUACUGGAAAGUGGUGGAGAAGAAGGCGAAAGAGAGAGAGUCCCAGCCUUUAGACAAAGACAACAGUCAAGUCCAGCAGGAGGCCGAUGCGGGUCCCAUGUGGUUACAGUGUGAAGAUUGUCUAAAAUGGCGAAAUAUCCCUGCGAAUCAUUACACAGUCACUCCUGAAAGCUGGAACUGCAGCAUGAACCCCAAUCCACGUUACAGAAGCUGCUCAACACCAGAAGAUGCAGAGGAAAGCAGGGAGCAGUUAACACCCAGCUACCAAAAAACCCACAAGAAACUUGAGCCAUCAAGAAGCAGAACACGACAAAAAUCCUCAGAGAUGUGUCACUUUCAGAAAAAAGGGACAAGGCAUCAAGACUCGUCUCCUUCUUCAUCAGAAUGUCAACAGGACACCUCCCAGUCCAUGGACACACCGGAUCAACCAGACUCACCAAUGGACUGCUAUAUUGAAGACACUCUUGCAUGUUCUGACACGAACACAAAUCACCAUGAAGAUGCAGAACCACACUCAACGAUGCAGUCAGCCUCACAAUACAAUUGUCUUCAAAGGGACACGGUCAUUAAAGAGAAGAAAGAAGCCAUACAAGUACGGAAAGUCAUGGAAAAUGUUCAAAUCUUUCAGGACACUAAUGGUGACAGAAAAAAAGACACGCAUGCAAAGGAGCACAUAGACACUUUAAGCCUCAAAAGGAAGAUUGAAACAGUUCUUUACUCCAGGAUGAAAAAGCAAUACAUGUUGGCGGAGAAGCAGCCUGCCUCAGGAAAUAUUGAUGAGGAGUUGCAUCCUGGGAAGCAAGCAAAUACAUCCAAAACAGUCAGCAGCAUCCAAGAUGCUUUGCAGCAAACCGCCACCAACCACAACUGGACCCACGUGCUCCCAGAAACCCAGACUGGGAUGGUAUCCCCGGUGAGCAGGAUGGAAGGGAGGGACCAGGAAGCUACAGUGCAGAGGCUGGCUGCAUUAGAAGAAGAAGUCACAAGGCUACGGGCUCGUCUAGGUCUUGAGGUCAAAAAAAGAACUCAAGGCACGAUGACAACUGCUGACAGCAGUAAUGAAAGAGUGACGUCAUCCACUGCAAGCAGAGAGGUCAGCUGCCAGGCCGACAUGGAUAAGUGCUCCGCCUCAGCCUCUGCCCCGUCUCAGGCUGGGGGGCUUCAGGGGCUGCUGGUCCAGGAUCAGAGUGAUCAGAGUGAACAGAACAAACCCAGGAGGGAGAGGACUGCAGGUCAGAGCAGGAUGAGAGUGAGCGACGGUGAGCUCUGUGACAACAGCCAAUCAGAACAGCAGAUUCUGUGUGACAUCCGUAGUAAUGUGGUGGUUCUUCUCACAUCUCUGCUGCCCCAGUUGGACCUGACUGGCAUCAGUGUGGAGACGGCGGAUAUAGACAACAUCCUGCAGCAGAUCAUAGAGGUUAACUCUAUGAAAUUAUGAAAAUCUAAAUCCCACAGAUGUGUCUUUUUUUGUUUUCUUUAUAGGUUUACAUGUACAUGAAGAGUUUAAGCUAAUGAAACUAUGUCUAAAUAAACAGUAAAAUUUGUGCUCUCAUGGAAAGUCGUGUCAUUCUCAUGCAAUGGUUCCAUUAUCAGUGGUGCUUCUGGAUAUACUCUACAUAACAAUAUUAGACAAAAAUGUAUAUUACGUCUACUGCAGUUGCGUGGUAGUUGGUCAGUAGGGUCAGUGUAGACUUAAACUACAUGACGAUAACUACUUGUUUCAUCAUGGUUUCAAUAUAUAAAUGCCAGGUAAAUAAAGUAUACCCAAAUACUGCAUAUUUUGAGAAAUGUUGUUAUGCAGUGUGAGAUAAAAGCAUACACAUAAUAAAGCAACUGUAAUUUUAUUUAUAGUCUUCAAGUGAUUUUCAAGCAUUCAGCCAUCCUCAUACUUAAAUUUUAUUGUAUUGUUAUAUAUUUCUUUAGGUGCUAUUCGUGCCCUAUUAGAACGUUAUUGUUAAACAAAAUAUAGUAGGAGUUUUUUUGUCAUCCUAAUUGUAAGCCUGUCUGCUUGACCAAUGUGAGUCUUUUUUGUCUGAAACUACUCAUCUCUACCAGGCUGUGAAAUAUUGCUUUUGUUUGCUUUACGUUUGCUCUACUGUAAUGUUUAAUUUGUUCUGUUUUUUGUUAAUUUGUCUUGUGAACAGGACCUCUGGUUUUUAAUAAAAUUCCAAAACCAUUUAUUGUGCUUUGCCUCUCAAUUUACAAAAAUGCAAAAUGAAUUGUUGACAUGUUGCAGUACAAUUUUCCUGCCACCAGGUGGGAGUAAAACUCAAGAAUAAAAACUUACUAGUCUCAUAAA